GCACCGCAGUUGGACUGAUGUGAAGCUUUUGUGUUGGACUGAAGAAGCUUGUCCACAGCUUGUCCUGAAAUCCAUUCUCUCCUAAUUCAUGAGCCAGCAGGAUGUGGUCGCCGUGCUUUCAGAACGCCUUCUCAUAGCUGCAUACAAAGGACAAGUGGAUAAUGUUGUGCAGCUUAUCAACAAGGGUGCCAAGGUAGCCGUUACCAAGCAUGGGCGGACACCUCUCCAUCUUGCGGCGUACAAGGGUCAUCUCCGAGUUGUCCAGAUUUUGCUCAAAGCAAACUGCGAUGUGGAUCUUCAGGAUGAUGGUGAUCAGACAGCUUUGCAUCGAGCUACUGUUGUAGGGAACACAGAUAUAAUAUCAGCUCUUAUCCGGGAAGGGUGUGCCUUGGACAGGCAAGACAAGGAUGGGAACACGGCUCUCCACGAAGCCUCUUGGCAUGGAUUCAGCCAGUCAGUCAAACUGCUUGUUAAAGCAGGGGCAAAUGUUCUUGCCAGAAACAAGGCAGGUAACACGCCACUGCACUUGGCUUGCCAAAACAGCCAUUCUGAAAGUGUUCGGGUCCUACUGCUUGGCGGCUCUCGGGCUGAUAUCAAAAACAAUGCAGGAGAUACCUGUUUGCAUGUCGCAGCUCGUUAUAAUCACUUGCCCAUCAUUAGGGUGCUCCUCAGUGCUUUCUGUUCUGUCCAUGAAAAAAAUCAGGCUGGCGAUACAGCACUUCAUGUAGCUGCUGCACUAAAUCAUAAGAAGGUGGCCAAGCUUUUGCUAGAAGCAGGAGCUGAUGGGACGGUAAUGAACAAUGCUGGACAAACCCCCCUAGAAGUUGCUCAGGAGAACAACAACCCUGAAGUUGCCCUUCUGCUCACUAAGGCCCCCCAGGUCUCACGUUUUAACCGUGGAAGGAGCCUGAGGAAGAAAAGAGAGAAACUCAAAGAGGAAAGACGCGCUCAGUCUGUCCCAAGGGAUGAGGUGGUACAAAGCAAGGGCAGCGCCUCUGCAGCUGAAGACACUCACAGCAGUGACCAGGCGCCCCAAAGGAGAGGUGACCUAAAAGAUGACGCGCAACUGCCUUUAGCAGAGUCCAGAGGGAGGAAGAAUAAAAAAAAGAAAUCGAGAGAGAAGGUUUCAGCACUCUCAGACCCCACAUCUCCAGCUGACCAGCAAAUGCCUCCGGGUGUACAGCAGAACUUGUCAAAACGCAGAAGCAAACACCGUUGUGCAUCUCCGCCACCUCCCCAUGAAUUCCGAGCCUACCAGCUAUAUACACUUUACCGUGGGAAGGAUGGAAAAAUCAUGCAGGCACCAAUAAAUGGAUGCCGCUGUGAGCCCCUGAUAAAUAAAGUAGAGAACCAGCUGGCAGCUGCCAUGGAAGAAAUGAAAGCAGAGUUUGUGACAGUGCAGGAUAAGAUGAAUAGCAAACUCGGACAGAUGGAAAACAGAACUCAGCAUCAGCUCCGUGUUUUAGACAAAUUAAUGGCAGAGAGGCUGUCAGCAGAAAGAACGGAGUGCCUGCAUCGACUUCAGGAGCACACUGAAUUGGAAAGAAAUGAAGGAGAAAAACGUCAGAUGACUUUGGUGGGGGAAUUGAAAGCUUGGUGUAUCUUAAAAAUUCAGAAUCUGGAGCUGAAGCUUUCUGGAGAUUCAAGAUCUUCAAGACCAAAAUCAAAUCUGUCCACGUGUGAGUCACUUACUGAGACUCUGGAUACAGAGAACAUUCAUAGUACAAAGGAUUGUAAAACCCCGCUGCAGUCGGAUGGCUCGCAACAGCAUUCUUGUUCAGUUCUUCAGAAUAGUCUCUCAGAAGACACUGGAAAGAGCAGAGUGCCAGCAACGCAAGAGAGCUUUGGGAAGCAGUAUUUUGUUGUUCAUCAAGCCAGCACAUCAGGAACAGAGCACCAGUCAGCUGGAGCUGGCCCAGCUCCUUCUGCAGCAUCUCCUCAAGCUGUGAGGCCUAAGGACAAAGCAAGCCUCAGCAGACUGCCGCACGAACUGCCACCAGCUGAAUACUCGGGUUCUAAAUUAAAGCAUGUUAAGCUACAAACUGUUUCACAGGGUCCUGCAGAAUUGACAAAGGGAGAGUCACAGAGUGGCUGCCUUAUAGACAAGGGAACUCAAACAAAGAAACCUGGCAGAAGCAGUCAGCAGAAGCAUAGGUCCCAUCAAGCUGGAGGGACUCAACCUGCGCAGCAGCAGUCGCUUCCUGCCUCUGGAGGAAAGGAGCCCAGCUCUCAACUUGCAGGCACUUCUCAGGCUCUGGAAAUUACACAGUACUUCUUUGAGGCUGUAUCAACUCAGAUGGAGAAGUGGUAUGAAAGGAAGAUUGAAGAAGCUCGGAGCCAAGCAGACCAGAAAGCCCAGGAAGAUAAAGCAGUUCUCAAAGAACACAUCAAAAGCUUGGAAGAGGAACUGUACAAACUAAGGACUAAAGUGCAGAAGGAAAACUAGAAGUCCUUUAUGCUGAUGAAAAGAUACAGAGAAACUGCUAUGUUCACAAAUAGCAAGUAAGCUUUUUUUUUAUUUUUGCAGGUACAGCACUGGGGAAUUCUACAAGCUGUUCCGCAUAUGUGGAUUUGUGGCCUUUUCAGAUGUUGAGGGUUGUGUUCACGCAGAGACCUCAAGGAAUCUAGACAUAGUUCCUCAAAGUAGCAUUUCAUUUUUGGGAAAAUGCACUGUUUUUUAACCUCCCCUUGCCAGAAACAUGUUUAUUUUCUCCCCAUAAUGUAGUGCCAGUUGAGAUAGCCAUUCUGUGUAGAAUGUGGUUGUGUAAUGUAUUUGUGUUGCUGGGGGUGAGUGAGGCACUCUGCCCCCAUCUUUCCAGUGCCUGUGCCAUUUUUUAAAAAAGUUUUACUUAAUAUAUAUUUUUAACAUAUUCUUUUGA